AUGGGUGGAAAAGAAUCAAAACAAACUGUUUCGAAAUUAAUAACAAGUGCAACUGUACCAUCGACUGCAGCGCGACCUAGUCGCCGCAUAGCUGAAAACUAUUUAGUCAUAUGGGCUGAUGAAAGUAUAGACUCGAAAAAUACAGAUUGCCAAAAUACAUUAGAUGAAUUGCGUAGUGUAGUCAAUGACGUUAAUCCAUGUACAACAUCAACAGAAUGCAUUGGAUGCCUCAAUGACAAUAAAGAGAAGAUAUCAUUUGUCAUCGCUUCUGGUGCUUUAGGACAACAUCUAGUGCCCGAAAUUCAUAAUAUGCCAAAUUUGAAUGCUAUUUAUAUUUUUUGUGGCAAUAAACAGUAUCAUAGAGAAUGGGUUCAAAAGUGGACCAAAAUCAAAGAGUUAGAUUCAUCCAUCAAAUCAAUAUGCCAAGCGUUGUCACUGGCAAUUAAGCAAUGUAAUCAAAAUAAUGUAUCGGUGACCAUUAUCAGUGCACACGAAGAAGACUUGAGUAAGAACUUAAAUCGAAUUGAACCAACGUUUAUGUAUUCCCAAAUAUUCAAGGAAAUUCUUCUCGAGAUGAAGCACGGCCACCAAGCUGUGAAAGAUUUAGUCAAAUUUUGCAAAAAAGGUGAAUACCAUGAUAAUAAAACUGAAAUGAAAAUUAUCAAAGAAUUUCAAGAUACGUAUCAACCAUCGGAUGCCAUUUGGUGGUACACACGUGAAUGUUUCACAUACAAAUUGCUCAACAGCGCAUUACGAACACUCAACGGUGACAUCAUCAUUCGAAUGGGUUUCUUUCUUUGUGAUAUACACCGACAGAUCGAAGAUCUACACAAGACACAAGUCAGUCUAUAUCGAAGGCAGCCAUUCAAAAUUUAUCGAGGGCAAGGAUUAUCAGCAGAAGACUUCGAAAAACUCAAAAUAAACAAAGGUGGACUUAUUUCUUUCAAUAACUUUCUAUCGACCAGUAUCAAACGAGAUAUUUCUCUCGAGUUCGCCAAUCAUGCAAUAGAUGAACCUCAUACAGUUGGUGUCCUUUUUCAAAUGACAAUCGAUCCUACUAUCUCAUCGAAUCCAUUUGCCUCCAUACAAGAAAUAAGUUAUCACAAUGAGGAAGCUGAAAUUCUUUUCUCUAUGCAUACUGUUUUUCGAAUUGAUGAGACUGUCAAAGUUGAUAGCAAACGUCCACUUUAUCAAGUUGAUCUUAAACUUACGUCUAAUGAUGAUAACCAACUGCGCCAGCUCACGGAAAGUAUAAGAAGAGAAGCUGUAGGACCGACAGGUUGGGCCCGAUUGGGUCAGAUGCUGCUCAAAAUAGGUCAAUUCGAAAAAGCUGAAGAAUUAUAUACUGCACUACUCGAACAAGCGCCUACUGAGAGCGAUAGAGCACUUUUUUAUAACCAGCUUGGAUUGAUGAAGUACAAUCAAGCAAAAUACAAAGAAGCAAUUUCAUUUCAUGAAAAAUCACUCAAAAUCAAGCGGAAAAUGCGCCCAGAUCAUCAUCACGAAUUAGCUAUUUCUUACAACAAUAUCGGUCAAGUCUACAAUAGCAUGGGUGAUUAUCCGAAAGCGCUUGAGUUUUAUGAAAAAGGUGUAGAAAUCAAGAAGAAUACUUUUCCUUCGAAUCAUCCUUCAUUAGCUACUUCCUACAGCAAUAUUGGUUCAGUUUAUAACAAUAUGGGCGAGUAUAUGAAGGCACUUGAAUUUCAUGAAAAGGAUCUUGAAAUAGCGAAACAAACUCUGCCUCCAAAUCAUCCUGAAUUGGCUGUAUCCUAUAACAACAUAGGUCAAGUGUAUAACAAGAUGGGCAACUAUCAGAAAGCCCUUGAAUUUUACGAAAAAGCUCAUAAAAUAAAACAUUCAGCUCUACCUCCGAAUCAUCCUGAACUUGCAAUAUCUUAUAACAACAUGGGUGCAAUGUACAAAAAAAUAGGUAUCUACUCGAAAGCACUUGAAUUUUACGAAAAAGCACUGAAAAUAAGACAAGAAAUACUUUCGGAUAAUCAUCCAGAUCUAGCUCAAUCAUACAACAACAUCGGAAAUGUAUACUGCGAAAUGAAAGAUUACUCUCAAGCAAAAUCAUUUCUAAAAAAGGCACUUGCUAUCUGGCAAAAAUCGUUACCUUCAACACAUCCUUUUAUUAGAACAGUCUUAGAUAAUCUUGGCUAUGUUAAAAAACAGCAGUAA